AUGCUGACAGAUGCCGAAGAGGUUGAGGGAGCUUUGGUCGACUGGAUCAAUACCUGUUUCCCCGACGCCGAUGUCGAGGAGUUCGACGACCUGGCGGAUGGCGCGAUCCUGGCGGACACGUUGCAGCUCUUCGCGCCGGAGGUGGACCCCUCCAACACCGCGGCAGGCAGCGCCAAGCUGCUGCACGGUUGCCUCAGCAGCUACUUCGGCCAGCGCAUUUCGCUGCCGAGGCUGGCGGGGAACAUGCACAACGGCGCCUUCUGCAAGCCUCUGCUGCUGCGGGCGCUCACGGAGGCGGUGCUGCUGGCAGCGGUGGAGGGCCCGCGCAAGGAGGAGGCCAUCCAAGCGAUCAUGAACUUGGAUGAGCCAAAGCAGAUGGCCCUGGGCAGCGCGCUGCAGCGGAUCAUGGCAGAGUCGGCCACAGGCGAUCCAGGCAGUUCGCAGCAGAAUGCGGAGCACCCAGAGUCCGGCCCGCCCACACCACGUGCUGAGACGGAGUACAAGACGGAAGCGGACUUCCUGCACGACGAAAUCCAGGAUUUGCAGGAGCGCUGCAACGCCGAGAUGCGGGCCAUCGACGGCCUCGAGAACAGCGAGCAGGCAUUGCAGGCUCAGCUGCGUGCCGUGAUGGUGGACUUUAUCGCCGAGGAGGAGCAAGCGGCCGAAGCUGACGCCAUGCUGCAGAAAUGGCAGCGCGCGUAUGGGGACGACCUGAGGCACUUCAAGGCUGAGUGCAAUGCCUUGCGGCAAGAUUUGCACAAGGAGACGGAGAACGCCAAGGACGCGCCGCAGCGCGACAAGAAGCUCCGGUCGCAGCUGGACCACGAGCUCCACGCCUGCAGGGAGCUUCAGGACAAUACCGACAAGCUGGAGGUGGAGCUGAGACAGGCGGCACAAGCCAACGAGAAUGACGACCUGUCUACCGUCAAAGCAGAGAUGAUGACUUCCCAAAUGCAGCAGAACGUGGUGGACCGCCUCCUGCGACGCGCCGAAGGCGAGGAGAAGGAGCAGAUGCGCAUCGCCAAGAACUUGUGGGAGACCCUGCACGCAACAGAGGUUACAGCGCAGUCCAGAGAGGAUACUCACCGACACUUGCGGCGGGUCGCGGAGAAGGAGGAGGAGAGCGAGGCGGAUGUGGUUGGCCUGCUCGAGUUCCGGGAGAGCGAGAUGCGGCAGCUACAUGGAGCCAUGGAGGAGGACACUGCCAGCACCCGCGGCGACAUGGGAAAGAGAUCCAGUAUGAGAGGCAGUAUCUCCGGGCCGCCAGGUGGAGUAGACCUGCUGCGCUUGAUGCCAGACUUGGCAGAGCGUCGCGUGCUGGUGAAGGACCUGUCCCGCACCUCGCGGAGCUUGAGCACUUGGCAAACGGAGCUGAGCCAGCAACAGCAGCGCAGCCGGGAGUUGGAGCAUCGCCUGCAGCAGCUGGAGGAUGAGGCCAACCAGCUCCACAACUCCGAGGCAAAGGCCCUUACGGAGUACGGUCUCCGCAAGGAGGAGGAGCUGAAGCUGGCGGCGGAAUGCAGGGAAAGGGAGUACGUGGUCCAAGCAGAAGUUCGGCGUGCGAAUCUGGAGAAGAACCAGAUGCAGGGCACUCGCCACAAGGAGAGAGCCGAGCUGCAAGCCCAGUUGGCCCAGCUCCGAGCGGAGUUGUCCGAGAAACGCCGCGAAGAGGAGGCCUCAAAAGCCAAGCUGGCAGAGACCCAGAAGGCAAUUGCGGCCUCAGAAGCAGCGGAGCGGGUGGCCUCGCAGUCCGCUGCCGCGAGGAUUGCUGCAGCCAGGGCCCAGCAAGAAGAUGUCGAGGCCCACCAAGAGCUGACCCGCUUGCAGAGCUCCCUGGCGGACCUGUCCCACCAGCAGCCCGAGCUGCGCUCGGAAGAGGAAGUCCAGCGCCAGACUUUGCACGAGAUGAAGCAGCAAGAGUCAACUCAGCAAAAGCUCUUGGAGGAGCGGCAGAAGGAGCUCAUGCGCUCAGAACAGCAGCAACGAGUGGAGCUGCAGAAGCAGAAGCAGCAGCAGGAGCAGAGGCAGCAGCAGAAGCAGAAGCAGAUGCAGGCAAGUGAGCCGGAGGCCAAAGAACCGCCACCGGCUUUGCCUGUACAGGCUGGCCAGGCCAUGACCCCCGAGCAGGCGGGCUCUGCGGCGGCGGCCAGCGCGCGCAGCGCCGGGAAAAGCCCCCAGGAGAGCAGAUCGACGCCGCCGCAGCAGCAGCCGCCGCGGCCGCCCCCGCGGCGGCGGCCAGUGGAGCCCCAAGCCAUGGCCGCCGCGGAGGCGGCCUCCGCCGCCAUGGCCGCCUUCGGCGCCGAGGACUUCGCCCAGCGCUCCGCCGCCGCAGACGCGGCCGGCGCGGCGGCGCUGGUGGCCGCGAAGGUGGCCGGGAAGUCCAAGAAGGAGCAGAUCCGCAUCAGCGCCAGCUGCGCCUUGAUGGCGGCCACUGCCGCAGGCGCUACGCCGCUGGCCAUGCAGGAAGCCGCGGAGCUGGCGGCGGUGAAGGCGGCCAAGGGCACUGGCCUGGAAGCGGAGGCCAAGCCCAUUGCAGAGCAGUGCCUGAUGCAGCUGCACCAGGGGGACGCUCCGGAGCCGCCGCCCGUGAUUGCCAAGAGCAACAAGGCUGCUCUGAAGCGACUGCGCCAGCAGCUGGCCGAGCAGGAGCGGAAGAUGAGGUACAUGGAGUCCGCCCAAGGUGAGCGGAGCCAAGCCAUGCGCAACGAGUCACAGCUCCUUGCUGAUAGUCUGCGGGAGGUGGGCCUGCGCUGCCAGAUGCUUGUGGGUAAGCACAGGAUGCUGCUGGACGACAGGAAGCGACUGGAAUCAGAAGCCUGA